AUGAGCAAGAAAACAAUCGACGGCGGCCUUGACGCUCUUGGAGGUGCGGCAGGUCUCUCUAGUGGUGAUGUAUUUGCACGCAACUUGUCUGCCAUGAGUGUAGCACAUGUAGCUAGAGGUGUGGGAUUUGAUACGAUUCAGAAGUCAGCCGUGGAUGCAUUGACGGAAAUUAUGGCAAAAUAUAUUCAUCGAAUUGGAGGAGCUGCUAAGGAUAUUGCUGAAUUAGCAGGAAGGUCUCAACCAAAAGCGACUGAUGUGAUACAAGUGUUACAAGAUUUGGAACCAAAUCAGAUUGAGAUCAAAGACCUUGUCAAGACUCUUGGAACGGCAAAAUUACCAUUUCCAAGAGAUGUACCAGCUUUUCCAGCUCGAAAACGAGAUAUUGCAGGCAAUACAAUUGAACAGACAAAAAUUGGACGACGAGAAGGACUGCCACCACAUGUGCCAAGUUUUUUGCCUCCAUUGCCUAAUCGACAUACUUACAGCUCAGAUAGUCGAUUGGUCGUGGAAAGAGAACAAGAUAUCAAACGCCAGAGACUAGAGUUGAUCAGUGAAAAGGCCCAAGUGCGACAGUCACUGCAUGGUUUGCAGACUGUGACGGCCAAAAAACCUGCAUUCAUUGUGCAUCAGCCGACGUGGAACGCUUUUCAGGGUUUUACUGGUGAUAAUGCCACAGAGAACCCGUUUGUGCAAGCACCUGUUGUCAAUCCUGGCGCGAAGUCCAUCUUUACCAGACCUGAUCGCGCUUUCACACCAAACGUUGACAGAGAGAAGGCGCAGUUGAAGAGCCAGCUAGACAGAAAUGUGACCAUUCCAAUGUUGUCCAGCCAAGAUCUAGGCAAAGAAGAAAAAAUUCUAUCGGGCACAUUCCACGACGGUGACUCUGAGUAA